CGUUCUUAGUCUUCGAUACUGUCUGAUCCAUCGCCCACGGAAGGUCCGCGCCUUCUCUGAAGAACCGCACUUCGAUUGUGUGCAAUUGGACGCGCGUUCGCACUCCGCGGCACAGACGUCUUGUAUAAUUCGCACUCGACACGUCCGAGAGCUCUUAUCCAUAUCUUCUUUUACCUCGCAAUGGCUAUCAUCUUCGUCCCCAUGAUCAUCGCCUGGCUCGCGACCACCGUCUCGAAUGGCCCGCAGAUUGCAGUCACCCCAACCGGGAUCCAGGUCACCCGUGCUCAGGGCGUCCAAGGCUACAACACCUGGGCAUACCUCAACCCCACCUCAGCCCAAGUGCUCGAUCCAAUCAAGAUCGAUACCUUUCAGUGCGAUCUCAAGAUCAACUCGAUAACUGCUGCUACCGAAUUCAAGCUCGAGCUGCCGAGUGCCGUCAUCCUGCGCUGCACCGCGCCGUAUGCAGGCGCCCGCAUCUCUUGCAACUACGUCUACUUCGACGCCACCCAACGUUUCCAGACGAUCGGCACCUCGGCAUUCGUUCCUGGAGGGUCCGCAUACCAAAUCAAGCUCGUUUUCGGUCCGCUCGGGGUUACGGUGUACGAGACUGGAGUGAACGUCGGCUCGAUGAGCACCGCACUCAUUGGUGUCGGACCGUACCCCGUCAAGUUGAAUGCGCAGAUCCUGGACAGAGGCGCGGGUCUGGAUAUCAACAUUGAUAAUAUUGCGGUGGGGUCGAGUGCGAGCAUCCUAUGAUCGAUAUUCAUCUUUAGUGAUUCCCGAAAUGUGUCAAGGUCGUCCUGGUAGUUUUUGUUCUCCUACCGUUCUGUUUACGAGUCUGUCAUCCAAAAAUGUGUCUGUGCAAAGUUCUUGUAAGCAUUGA